AUGCCGCGUGUAUAUAAACCCGAUCCUACAAGGAAAAGGUAUAAAAAAUAUAGCAUAGAAAUCAUAAAAAAAGCUGUGGAAGAGUAUGCAUCUUCUCGGAAUUUAAAACUAGAAGAUGUUGCAAAAAAAUAUGGCAUUCACAAAUCGGUGUUGUAUCGCCACAGUACCCGGGAUAUGAAGCAACAUGGAGGCCAAAGAGCUUUAUCCGACGAAACAGAAAUGUUGUUAAUAGAGAACAUCAAUAAAUGCGCAGAAUGGGGUUAUCCCUUAGAUACAUUGGAUCUUAGGUACAUAGUCAAGAUGUAUCUUGAUAAGAUAGGCAUAAUCCAUAAGAGAUUCAAGGACAAUUUUCCAGGACCUGAUUUUGUGCAGAGCUUUUUAUUAAGACACAAAAAUGAGAUUUCGCAAAGAGUUUGUGAAAAUAUCAAGCGUGUGAGAGCUAAGUUGUCUCCAGAUACGAUUAAAGAAUAUUUUAUCGAACUUGCGAAGUCUUUAAAUGGAGUACCUGCUUCUAACAUAUUAAACUACGAUGAAACGAAUUUAACGGACGACCCCGGGCGGAAGAAAAUAUUAAUCAAGCGGGGAUGCAAGUACCCUGAAAGGGUUCUGAACCAUACCAAGGCUUCCGUGUCUAUUAUGAUGGCUGGUACCGCAGAUGGCAAAAUGUUACCACCAUAUGUGGUAUAUAAAGCAACUCAUUUAUAUGAUUCUUGGAUUCAACAUGGCCCAGAAGGUACUCGAUAUAACAGGUCGACAUCUGGAUGGUUUGAUGGAACCACUUUUGAGGAUUGGGUGCAAAAUAUGGUCGUUCCAUAUUUUAAGGAUUUACCAGGCAGAAAGUGCUUAAUUGGAGACAAUUUGUCUUCACAUUUAUCAGCAGACUUGAUCCAAAUAUGUAAAACGCAUAACAUCGAUUUUGUGUUUUUACCAGCCAACUCAACUCACCUGACGCAACCACUGGACGUAGCAUUUUUUCGUCCCAUGAAGCGUGCCUGGAGGCAAUUAAUAUUAAAAUGGAAAAAGACAGAUGGUCGACAAUUACCCACAAUUCCAAAAGGUUGUUUUCCAAAACUAUUAAAAUUGUUAAUUGAUGAACUUCAAAUCAAUGCUUCAAAGAAUAUCAUUGCUGGAUUUAAGAAAACAGGAAUUAGCCCUUUAAAUGAACAUGAAAUAUUAGCCAGACUUCCCGGUGAAGACUUAGAUGAAAACCAUGAAAGUGCUGUAGAAGAUUCUGUUGUGACACUCCUCAAAGAAAUGAGAUAUGGUUCUAUGAAUAUUGUAGAGCCAAGAAGAAAGAGAAAACUCAAUGUACUUCCAGGUAAAAGUGUCGCUCCAGAGGAAAUCGAAGAUUAUGCAGAAACCGAUGUUGAUACUAGUAUGGCAAAUUUAAAAAAAACAAAAUACGAUACAAGCUAUCCAUCAGGUUUAAACAAUAAAAAUAAAGGUAAGGCAAAAAAAAAUACAAUUACAAAGUUGAAACUAAAACCAAUGAAAGAAGAAGAAAAUUGCCCUAAUAAAAUAGAACCUUACAAAGGAAAAGGCAAAGGGAAUGGAAAAAAAACUAAAACAUCCUAUUUGGAAGCAAAAGAAAUACAAGAAAAAGAAAAUCUCGAGAAUAAUAUAGAAAACAAUGAGAUUAAAGGAAAAGAUAUGGAGGGAAUAACAAAAAAAUCAAGUUUGAAAAGAAUAGAAACAGAAGACAAGGACAAUAAUGAUAACAACAAAGAAUGGAAAGAAGAGUUUCACAAAAACGAAGAACAAGAAAAAUACCGAUUAACAAGGCAGGAAAAUUACGAUUACAACAUGAAUUACGACAAUUAUGAUAAUAAUAUUGGUCAGGUAAAUUACGAUAACGUCACGGUUUACGAAAAUUAUCAUAAUAAUAUGGAACAACAAAAUUAUAACAGUAUUACGGAAACGGAAAACUACAAUAAUAUCUUACAAGAAUUAAAAUGCGAAAUACCUAAUGAUAACAUAAACAGUCUGCCCAUUCUCUUUUUUGACAGCAUAUGUGAAGAGCUCACGAUCAAUACUGAAAAACCUGCUGAUGAUAAUACUAUUAUGGAGAAUAAAGUAAAAAUAAUAUCGAAUGAGCUAGUGAAUGACGAUCAGUAUAACAAAAAAUACAGAUCACCUAUUAUAAAAAAGUACAAGACUGUAGCGGUAAAAGAUCUCAUUAAAUUGCCAAAGAAAAACCAUACAAAUAAUUACUACAAUAAUAGUGACAAAAUAUUAAAAGUUUUAGAAGAGGAUGAUGACAUG